AUGAUGCCCAGAAUAUGCUUUCAACGGCCUCUCAAUCCUCAUCGUUAUGUCGCGCACCAAGCGACAGAUCGAGGCGGUGAUGCCGUGGAGCAGAUUGCAGCGCCGGCAGAAGAGAGACGGGGAUGCUACCGAGACCGUGCCACGCAGACGGUAAUUUUGGCUGUCCCAGACAAGUACAGACCAAGAUCAGAGAUGCUUGUUGAAGCAGUCAGAGCAAAUCGCCCGGAUCUUGUCGCGCAGAUUUGUUUGAAAGAUGGAGCCAGUGCCAAUGGGCCACGAUGGCGAACUGAUUCUGAUCAUGUUCCGCUCCUCGUGGCUGCGAAAGCCAACAGCCAGGCUUGUCUUGCCAAAUUACUCGAUGUCGGUGCCAAAAUCAACGUUCGAUGUCUCGAGAGCAGGAAUGCGGCGUACUGGGCAGCUGAGAACGGCCACCCUGACUGCCUUGAAAUCCUUUGUCAGCGAGAAGUCGAUUUGAAUCAUGUCGACAUUGCGCGAGAUACACCGCUCCACGUCGCUGCAAGGGCAGGGAAUCGAGAAUGUGCUGAAAUUCUUAUCCGACAUGGAGCGAGGCUGAAUCGUCGGAAUCGGCUCGGCAGAACGCCCACGCAUGAAGCAGCGGCUUACGGAGAUUCCACACUGGUGCAAAUACUCCAUGCGCAUGGAGCGGACGUCAACGCACAGGAUUUCAUUGGCGAGACGCCUCUUCACAAGGCAGCAGCGGUUGGUCACGUCGAUACCGUUAGGCUGCUCCUAGAUCUUGGAAGCAAUGCUCGAGCGGUCGACUUCUACGGCGAGACGUCUGUAGAUCUUGCGGCUUCCGGCGGGCACGUCCAGGUGCAUGCCAUUAUGGUCGCGCAUGGAGCGAGCGUCGACGUCUAA